AUGACCCGGGCAUCUUCAGGGCGCAUCACUCCAAGCCAUAUCGUCGCUGUCUUAAACUCGCCUUCCGUCUCUUCCAUCUCUCCAUCACCAGAACCUCAGCAGCUGGCCUCCAACUCCAACAUGGCGGGCCGAAAGAACAACGUGCGCUCCGAUUCCCAGUCCGAUGCUGCAGUGCCUAUCACCUAUACUCCAACCACCCAUCGCAUCAGUAAGGCUAAGAAGGGCAAGCGCGUACAUGCCUGCCAGUACCCAGGAUGUGGAAAGGUCUUCACAAGAGCAGAGCACAGAAGACGCCAUGAAUUGAACCAUAACCCAGAGGCCUCAUAUCGCUGCACAACGCAAGAAUGCAACAAGGCAUUCCACCGCGCGGAUCUACUUGCGCGCCACAUGGAGAGACAUGAGCUCGAAUCGCAAACAGAACAGUCUUCAUGGGCACCCAACAUCCAGAAAGCCAUGAAAACAGAGCCCUCUGUCUCGCGCUGUAUGUCAAUGGAUCACGGAAUGCAAUUGAACGCAACCUCGCACGCCCACUCCAUGUCAAUCGGCUCUUUGGUGGCUCCCGGAAUUCACCCCGACCUGGCCAACGACUGCUCACUGAUGUGGAGCGGCGUCGACUUGCCAUUGCAGCCCCGACCGGCAUUCCAUAGCCAACUCCCCGAGUCUGCGGAUGACAGCCCCUUCUACUCUUCUCCCGCAGAGACCUGCGCCUCGCCUUUGUCGGAUGCGACUUUCUCCCUCCCCCCCCACUCGAGCUCCUCCAUCUCCUCCAUCUCUUCCGCGUCGAUCUCGGUUAUUGACCAGUACCCCAAACAUAUCUUGAAAAUGGAGACCACUUCGUCUCCGCUUCAGAUGCACACCUCUCUCCGCUGGGACACAGAUGCUGGAAUGCCUCCGUCGCAUAUGGUUCCUAUGUCUAUGGCGGAGAGCAUGAUUCAACCACCUGUUCAGUGUCACUACCCUUCUCCCUCGUGGUCCAGCGCAGACUGUCUUCCCUACGAGGAUCAAAUCCACUCCAUGCACCAAUUCCAGCACGUGAGCUGGGACAUGUGA